GGCCGCUCGGCGCUCUCCCACCCACGGCCGAGGGAAAGCAACUCCCUUGAAGGGCGCGCCGCCGAAGUGGCGGAGGAGGAGGAGGAGGCGGGAGGAAGCCGCCGCCACAGAGGGGCCGGGAGGCCGGAGCGCAGCUCUGGGUCCCCACAGGGGCGGCUUCUGCAGCCUCCGGGACCUUGCGUUCGGGGCUGCGCCGCCCCCUUUCAAUGAAGAUAUUCAGAUGUUGUUUUAAAUACCCCCUACAGCAGAAGGUUUUUAUCCUGUUUUUAACCCUGUGGCUGCUCUCCUUGUUGAAGCUUCUAAAUGUAGGAAGACUCCUCUUCCCUCAGAGAGGCAUUUACUUGGUGGAAUAUUCCCUAAGCACCUCGCCUUUUGUGAGGAACAGAUACACCCACAUUAAGGAUGAAGUCCAGUAUGAAGUCAGCUGUUCCGGUGUCUAUGAGCAGGAGCCUUUGGAAAUUGGAAAGACCCUGGAAAUAAGAAGAAGAGAUAUCAUCGACUUGGAUGAUGAAGAUGUUGUGGCGAUGACCAGCGAUUGUGACAUUUAUCAGACCCUACGAAGGUACCAUCAAAAGCUUGAUUCAAGAGAGGAGAAAAGCUUUCCGAUAGCCUAUUCUUUGGUUGUUCACAAAGAUGCAAUUAUGGUUGAAAGGCUGAUCCACGCUAUAUACAACCAGCACAAUAUUUACUGCAUCCAUUAUGACCUGAAGUCACCUGACACCUUUAAAGUUGCCAUGAACAAUUUAGCUAAGUGCUUCUCCAAUAUUUUCAUUGCUUCCAAAUUAGAGACGGUGCAAUAUGCCCACAUUUCCAGACUCCAAGCUGAUUUAAAUUGUUUGUCAGACCUUCUUGAGUCUUCAGUACAAUGGAAGUAUGUUAUCAACCUGUGUGGGCAAGACUUUCCUUUGAAGUCAAACUUCGAAUUAGUGUCAGAGCUGAAGAAACUCAAUGGAGCAAAUAUGUUAGAGACAGUGAAACCCACUAACAGUAAAAUGGAAAGAUUCACUUACCACCAUGAACUCAGACAGGUGCCUUAUGAGUAUGUGAAGUUACCGGUCAGGACAAACCUCUCCAAAGCAGCACCCCCUCAUAACAUUGAGGUUUUUGUUGGUAGUGCUUAUUUUGUGUUAAGUCGAGCAUUUGUUCAAUAUAUUUUCAACAGCUCCCUCGUGGAAGACUUUUUUGCCUGGUCUGAAGACACAUACUCACCUGACGAGCACUUUUGGGCUACCUUGGUUCGGGUACCAGGUAUACCUGGGGAGAUUUCUCGAUCCGCCCAGGACGUGUCUGACCUACAGAGUAAGACUCGCCUUGUCAAAUGGAAUUAUCACGAAGGCCUUCUCUACCCCGGUUGUACGGGCUCUCACCUCCGAAGUGUGUGUAUCUUUGGAGCAGCCGAGUUAAGGUGGCUUAUCAAAGAUGGACAUUGGUUUGCUAAUAAAUUUGAUUCCAAGGUGGACCCUGUCUUGAUUAAAUGCUUGGCAGAAAAACUUGAAGAACAGCAGAAAGAGUGGAUCACUUUGUCUUCGACAAAGUUAUUUGUGGGUAAAAAUCCCACAGUCACAACAUGAUAAAAUCACGAUGGAAACGAGGUGGAGUUAAUGUUGAGUAGUAGACUCUGCCGUGCCCAGGACCAGCCGAGCUUCACCUUUUCAUCGUUUGAAAGGUACCUAAGAUUCCACGCACAAGGGAAGGUGAUUUAGCCUCCGGUGAUGAAUAGCCUGCAGCCGGUUGAGUGCUUUGUCUCUGCCUGUAAUCUCACUGAGCUAAAUCAUCGAUCUUAAACGGCCAUCAGAUAUUUAUUGAGCUUUUACUGCUUGCCAGGUACUUUUGUAGAAAUAGAGGGCGAUUAAAUCCAAGUUUUAAGUGAGUUACACAAUGCCCUCAGGGGACUGUGUCUUGCCCUCCUCAUUCAGCAACCUUAAUAUCUUAAGUUGUUCACAUAACCAUCCGGAUCCUGCUGAGGAACUUUUGGAGUGUGUGGUAAUCACCCCUAUAAACCACCCAUUUCAGAACAAUAGUGCAGGACAGUGACCAGCACUCCACUCGCCUUGCAAUUCAACCCUUUCGACUUCCUCUAACCAGUAGAAUAUUAGAAGGAAAGACUUCACUACCUCAGAAAGAGCUCAAAGAAUUUUCCAGUUUCCUGCUUGCCAAAGCAUGAGUUACCUAUGGGUGCCUCACCCAUUCUGUUCAGGGUCGGGAGACUCUGUGGGGGUGGCAGUCACAGUGUCUGAAUCUCAGGGAGGUGGUGGGGUAGGUAGGGGGGUCUGGACACAUGGUGCCUGAAGAGGAACGAAGGGAUUUGUAUGACUGUGGCAUCAUGUUACACAGCGGUGUCCUGACGGCCUCCUUUUUAAUUCAGCUGUUUCUUAAAGCACAUUUACUGAUUAAAAAUGAGAACUGAUUGAUACUCAAGGUGUUAUAUUCCAGGACAUUGACCCUGAGUCAUCCGGUUCAUAGAUCAUCAUCCUGUGUAAGUUUCACAAAAUGAAAUUAUGCUCAUUCCACAGUGAUCCAUCCAGUGCGAGACUCCCUGGAAGACUGAAGUUUUCAGGUACUUUUUAAAACCUCUGUGACCUAAAUGUCUGUGAAACGGACUUUGCUUGUUCUAAAGUUUCCGAUACCAACUGCCAAGCAGCACCAUCAUCUCCCUUUCUUCUCUUGAACUCGUUUUUUUUUGCUUCUGUUUUCCUGCCCCCUUCAAAUUACUUUAUUCUUCAGAAAACAACGAUUACCAAGUCCUUGUUCUUAAAAAUAAGGAAUUGUUGGUCGGGUAGAGCUGAGUCCUGCAGAAAUACUUCCCGGGGUUGUCACUGUGCGUGGCCAGGGCCAGCUGUUGCUUUGGUCUGCAGGAGCGCGCUCUCCUGGCCUUCAGACUGAGCACUUGGCUGCCCAGCCUGGUUUCUUCACGAGGGUGUGUGUGUGUGUGUGUGUGUGUGUGUGUGUGUGUGUGUGUGUAUGGGAGAGGGAGAAUCACUUGAAUAGUGUAUGAAGUGUUUUUAAAAUAGGGACAAACCAUCGAAAUGUCAGAGAACAGUCUUACAAUAAGGCUAACGUAGAUCCAGCACCAUCGUGAGACUUCACCAUUUACCUUUUCUGAAAAGCCUUUGAAACAUAAGAAGAAACUACAAUUGCAGGAGCAACUCCCGUAAGGAAAUCUCAGCAUGAGGAAACUCCAGCCUCCACACCGGGGUUCUCCCUAAACCAGUGGGAUUGGCAAGUUGGUCCCGUGGCUUAGACGAGGAAGGAGGUGGAAGUUCUUUUCCUGCCGUGCAGGCUUGAGCACACUGGGUCCUGCUGAAAUCUGGGAUUUUAUGCCUUUGGUCAUCAGAGUGAUUGCGAAUGCCGAAAAAUAGACGUGCACCUCGUGGUCCAGUGUGUUGCUUCUGAUGGGGAAUGAUUCUAUUGCUUGUUUACUGAGAAGUUUGCCAGUUAUUAAUCAGUCUAAUUGCAUCUUCAAACGACACAUGGAACCAUGAAGAGGCAGCGGCGCCUUCUCUCCCCCACCCACAGACACAUUUCUCGGACUCAGUGCCCGGCCUUGCAGGGAGCUGGUCAGAACGGCUUUUGCCUCGGGAAUCCUGCAGAUUCCCUGCACGCCUUCCAACCUAACGCCUUCCAACCUAAUCCUUCCCGAAAACCUUUUGGCAUGAUUCCCUCUGGUCUGGAGAAUGUUCUGCUGUGUGUAUUUUAUAAUUAUUCUUUGGACAGUAUUUACAGAAUCUACACUCUAAGUUAUUUGGUGAUGAAACCAGGACCUUGGAGUUUCUACAUUGUAUGAGAUGAUAUAUAUUAAUAAUGAAAGAGCUACAAAAUUAUACAUAUUAUGUGAACAAACUACUGUAAUAUAGUAAAAAAAAAAACAUGUUGCUGCUGUUCUUAAUGUUUUGGUUAUUUUAAGUGAAAUAUUUAUAUAAAUGUUUAAAUUUGCAGAGUUAAAUCUGAAUAUUUCUCUUGCCUUCCAGAAUGUGACUAUUUAAGAUAUAUGCUAUGAAAUGACAAUCUUCUUUGGGAGUGUAAAGUGUGUGUACCUGAAGCACGUUACAGCUGUUUUUGUUGUAGUUGAUGGAGACGGAAUGAGCAUUGUGACUUUUUAAAACGUUUUUAUCAACUGAUCCCUGUCUCCCACUGUGUGUAUGUUGCCAUUUUCAAAAGACAUUUCUCAUUAUGUGAGUUUCAAAUAGAUUGGUAUUGCAUUUUGUGUUUGCUGCUACCAGAUGUUAAUUCUCCAGCAUUGUAAAAUAAAUUGUGCUCCAAAAACCAACCCCCAGGAAUUUAUGAUGCAGAGAACAAAUAGAAUCUGAGAAAAAGUCACGGUCAGUGAUCUGCGUAAAUUUAUUUUACUUUUUUAUUGUUGCUGCUGCUGUUGUUUCUCAUAGAACAAUAAAGGAAAUUUAA